AUGGAGACGACUGUCUGGGUGCAUAUAGACGAAUGUCAAAACGAAACCCUGAACACAUGUGGACCCUACGAGCACUGUGUCAACACGGAGGGAUCCUAUACCUGUUUAGACUGCAACAGGUAUGAGGACAGAUGUUUCGCCCUGUCUACUACCACUGCUACGUUUGCCGAGGCUGAGCAGAAGUGUGCAGAAGAUGGGGGUAUCCUGGCUACGGUACCUGACAGGGAGACACAGCUGUUCCUCAUGCAGCUGGUGGGCAGCAGGGACACGUGGAUCGGGCUGGACGACAGGAAUGACGAGGGGUACUUCGUGUGGAGCGAUGGGACUCCUCUGGGAUCAGGCUACAGCUACUGGACACUAGGUGAGCCUAACGACGGAGGAAACCCCACCACCUCCCAGGACUGUGUGCACCUGUGGCCCGCCGCCGGGUUCCGCUGGGACGACCAGCAGUGCGACCGGAGGGAGUACUAUGUCUGCCAGUUCAGUGCGGGUCCCAAUCCUAACAGUAGAGCGGACGGCUUUCUAGACUAG